AUGGAUAUUCUCAAGGAACAUUUUGCCCCGGAAGAUGUUGAUCUGAUAGGGGCCAUUCCUUUAGGAAAUACCCGGCUACCCGAUUCCAUGGGUUGGCAUUUUACAAAAUCUGGUAAGUAUACUGUUAAGUCUGGGUAUGAUACGGAACGGUCUGCAAGUUCACAGGCUACUACGGUCCCUCGUGUGGGUCCAGAGAUUACUCCCCUUUUGGCAGGUGUCUGGGGUGUUUUCUGUCCACCGAAAAUAAGACACUUUAUGUGGCAGGUUUUGACAGGAUGUAUUGCGGUUUCGUCUAAUCUGCGGCGUCGCGGAAUAGCGUGUGAUUCUAGGUGUGUCCGAUGUGGGGCUGAGGAGGAAACGAUUAAUCAUGCUCUUUUCCGGUGCCCACCGGCUAGGCAGGUGUGGGCUCUAGCUCAUGUCCCUGUAGGUUCGGUUUCUUUCCCGACGGAGUCUGUAUACGCUAAUAUGGAUCAUUUUUUGGGUCAUGCAAAUCUGGGAUCACAGACGGUCGCUUUCCCGUGGAUUAUGUGGUAUAUUUGGAAAGCAAGAAACGCUUGUGUCUUUGAGAAUGUUAUGGAUAAUCCCCUGGAAGUAGUACGUUUGACGGAGGGCGAGGCAUCUGUCUGGAUGCAGGCUCAGGUGGAAGUUGAGGAUGGGGACCAAUCUCAUACUUCACCAGUUCCUAAUUCUCGACAGAGGGGGCCCAUACGUUCCCUUCGUCUCUCUUUCACAGGUUAUCGGUGUUUUGUUGAUGGCUCUUGGAAAGAGUCGGACACUUAUGCAGGUGCAGGUUGGGUUUGUUCUACCCCUCACUCGGGGUCAGAUAUGGGAGCUACCAAUUUCCGACGCAGUUUAUCUCCAUUACAUGCUGAAGUAGAAGCUUUUAUUUGGGCUAUGCGGUGCAUGAUUGGACACGACUACCGGGACGUGGCUUUCUAUACGGACUGUUCUGAUCUGGUGAAGAUGGUGUCUUCUCCUCUUGACUGGCCGGCUUUUACAACCUACCUCGAAGAUAUCAAGAUAGACCAAGCGGAGUUCUCUUCCUUCUCUCUAUCUUUUGUUCCCCGUAGUUCGAACGUCAAAGCGGAUUCCAUGGCUCGUCAAGCGAGACUCUCUCCGCAGCAUAUUCUUUUCGUGAACUCGUUUCCCCCAAAUUGGCUCAUCUGA